GGCGGGCACUAAAACAGGAAAUGUGCUCAAUCGAUGCAGCUUCUGCUCCAUAGUGCACAAUGUUUGUAAAUUAUCCAUGUAUUCAAUAUUUUGUUAUCUUUAUUAAUAUGCAAUAUUAGACAGUUGAGUUUGAAUCCGGACGCUUGCUUUACUGGUCUUCUGAAAUCUCAUCCCAAGAAAUAAUAUCCUUUGACGGAGACGUGACACAACCUAACUUGAUCCAGACACAGAAAGAAAGCUCUCUCAAAGGGACUAUGAAAAAGUCAUGGGGGAGGUUGAGUUGUCCUGUCUCGCCUAUGUGAAGAUGUACCUGCACGCCUGUCUGUUUCCACGGUGCAGUGUCAAUGGGCUGUUGUUGUCAUCCAGCCCAGCAGGUGGCGCUGUGUGUGUGACAGACUGCGUUCCCUUGCUUCACACUCACCUACCAUUGGCUCCCAUCACCCAGCUGGCUCUCACACAGGUGGAUGUAUGGUGUGCACAGACACAGCAGAGGAUUGUAGGUUACUACCAAGCCAAUGCCUGUGUGUCAGACAGCAGCCCUACGCCGUGUGCGUUGAAGAUUGCAGACAAGAUCGCAGAGCAGUGUAACAAUGCAGUUUUGUUAAUGAUUGAUGGUGGAAAGAUGUCUCCUGACUACAGGGUGCCUCCCAUCGUGAUGUAUGAGCGAAAAGAUACCCGCUGGACCCUCAAAGACAAACACACGAUAAUGCUGCGGCAGUGGGAGGAGACUCGGGACAUAGCCAGUCAGCUGCUGGACUCUGGAGAUCACUCGUUAUUAGUUGAUUUUGACAGCCAUUUGGACGACAUCACUAGGGACUGGACAAAUCAGAAACUGAAUGCCAAAAUAGCAGAGCUUGCCUCACCAGCCAAUGGUAAUGUUUGAAAUAAGCUUGUAGAUAACUAACUUUUGAGUAACAUCUUUCAAAUUUAAAUAGUUGGAAUUAUAUACAGUAUGUCUUAAACCUGCUGAAACUACACAUAUUUAGUUAAGAAUCUUAUUUUUAUUAUUACCAUCUAACAGCCAAAUAAGCACAUCAUCCACGAUAUUUUCUAAAUAUGAAAUAGAUUUAAUAGGAUCAGGCAGAACACUGACAACACAUGCAUAAAUAACUGAAAUAUUGACAGAUCUGUGCAGUCUUCCACCUAACAACAUUCUCAGUCCAGAGUGUGCCUUGUGUCAAACCCAGCAGCCAUGUUGUUAACCCACUUACAACCAUUAACAAAGCUGUGCUCAUAGUUCAAUGGCUGCCAAUGGCAUCACAACAUUACGUACAUCCUGACCCACUGCUUUCAGAGUGUGUAAGCUUAUCAACCCAUUAAACUACAUCUACAAACUA